AUGAAUUGCACUCGCCAUAUUCAAUUUCCAAUAACUUCCAUAUGUAUUGCCCCUCACUAAUGUUAAUGCUAAAGGAAACUUUGCAUUGAUUGCCAAUAUGAACACGGAGUUGAUAUUAAAUAUACGAUUCCGACUCAUAAAUUUCAAGAUAUGGUAAUAAAGUAAUUAAAAGAAUCGAAGAUUGAUCAAACUUCUGAAUUCACCUAAUAAAGAAAGAAUUUUUUAAUGAUUCUCUUUCAAACUGAAAGCAUGCUGAAGAAUACUUGGCAACAGUUAUAGGAAUCAAUCCAAAAAAUAUAUGAUACAAUUGAGAUUCAGAAUAAAUCAUAUUUGGAAAUCAUGAACAACAAUUUCAAUCCUGCAGAUUUUUCAGAUACUGACUUAGAGAAAUUAGUAUAAAUUGUAUAAGGAAAAAAUUUAAAUGAAUGGAAAGCUUAGAAGGAUUCUUAUUUGUAGAAAUUAUCAAAGGUAAUGGAUUGGUGGGAGAAAGAAAUUAAGGCUUUUAAUGAAAAGUUGAAAAAUGAAAUUAAAGAAUAAUUGCCAUCAGAUAUUAAAGGAAAAUAAUAACAAAAUGAAAUGAAAUGUCUAUCAUAAGUGAAUGUUAAAGCAUUUUCUUAUUAAAUAAUUGAAGCUAAUUCUAUUAAAUAAUAAGAAUAUUGUUGGGCAGUUGCUAUUAAUAAAGAUUGUUCAAUUGUAGCGGCUGGUUGUAAUAAACUAAUUAAAAUUUAUGAAUUCCAAUAAGGAAUGUUGAAAUUAAAUCAAGUUUUAAAUUAACAUAAAAAUAAUGUGUUCACUUUAAUUUUUAUGAAAUAAUAAAAUUAAUUGAUUUCUGGAGAUUAAAGACUUAUUUUGAUUUGGUAAUAUAUUAUUGAUCCAUGGAAAAAAAUUAUUUUAUCAUAUUAAAAUAAUUGAUGGAUUUGUACAUAAACUAUCAAUGGUCAUAGUAAUUGGAUUAGAUGCAUCAUUUUAAAUAAUAAUGAAGAUCUAUUUAUAUCCAGUAGUGAUGAUAAGACUAUUAAGUUUUGGGUUAAAAAGAAUCAAUGGAUUUUUUAAUAAUCUAUUACAGAUCAUAGUAGUUAUGUCAAUCAAUUAAGUUUAAAUGAAUAAUAAAAUCAAGUUAUAUCUUGUGGAUAUGAUGGAUUGAUAUUAGUAAUAGAGUAAUCAGAAACUAAUAAAAAAUGGAUUGUAAAACAAAAAAUACAAGUUGAUUCUAUAGGAUAUCGAUUAUGCUUUAUCAACAAUAAUCUAUUUACAUUUUAACCUAUAAAUGGGAAUUUGAUGUAUCUUUAUCAAAUUAAUAGUGUAAGUAAAUAGUUCACUAAAUCAAAAGAUAUUACUAUAAAUCAAGGAAAUGAAGGUUCUGAAUUAUUUCCAAAAUAAUUUAUUAAAUAAAAAUAAUUAGUUGUUAAUAAGCAUUGUGAAUAUGUACAUUUAAUAAGAUUUACAGAAAAUGCUGAAUUUAAAGUUGAGUAAUCUAUUUAAUUUGGAACAAAUUCUAUAUUUGGAUCAUUAAGUGAUGAUGGACAAUAUUUGAUUACUUGGGAUUAGACAUCAUAUCAAAUAUAAAUAAGGGAAUUCAAAGAACAAUGA